AUGACCUUUUCAUCAAAGCCAACACACGGUUCCUCAACGCCAGAUUCAGUGACACAAACCAACGUUCCUACAACCAAGUUAACAUACAUUACACUUGUCACGCCAGUCGAGUCGAGCAAGAUCACAACUGCUUCACCAUCCGGAGACAUCAUCCCUUCACAGGCCCCAUCAACAAGCAGUACCGCGUUGCUUCCAACCAGUAGUACUUCCGCUUCACAGAUUGCGCCAAAACUACCUCCUGGACCGAUCUCGACAAAGGGUACCUCUGGCAUAUGGACGGUGCCAUGGGUUAGCCCCUCAGAAUCGUCGCUCUCGUCGACUUCGACAGAAGAUCCACCGGCCACGCUUACUUCUCCACCACCCGGAGCAUCCUUCAUAACUCUGACUGAAGGGGCUUAUACUUCCCCGACCUACAUCACAACCACUUCACCAGGCGGCAUUGAUCCCACCAUUGUUCCAGUGAUUAUUCCUUUUUCAGGUCCUCCUGUCAUCUGUUUCAGCUGCUUCCCCAAGUUUCCUCCCAACAUUGCGAUCAAGACACCUGAAUUCUGCAUCCAGCUCUUUGGCUUGAAAAUCGGUAGCUGUCCCCCAGAUAAAGAUGGUGGUGGUGGAGGAGGCGGCGGCGAAGGCGGCGGCGGGGGUGGUGGAGGCGUUGAUGGAGAAGUAGACGAUGACAAGGCUUCUAAAAAGCCCGAGGAGCCCGAGUCUAUGACCAAGUCCAAGUCAGAGGCUUCGUCCACUUCAUCGUCGACAUCCUCCUGCACUGUCACUGUCACUGCGACUCACAAAACAGUGUUUUGCUCUGUAACACAAGCGGUAACUGGCGGUAGUCGUCCUCAUACAAGUGUCAGCACAACAUGUCUAACCAGCGCCUACACCACAGUCACCGGCUGCAGUGUAUUCAACUCUGUAGCCACGGUGACGACAACGAGAGCCAGUACCGCGAAGCCAUCUCACCCCUCUUGUGUACCGCAAAUCUGCGGCGGCAGUUCUUGUCCGAUAAACAAUCAGCCACCGACCAAGGUCACGCCUCGAGAUCUCGAGAAGCGCGGCAAGCCGGAGGAAGGGAAAUGGGUUGAUCCCAUAGAUUACCCUGACGGGUACAGGGAAUUCCUGCCAAAGGAAAUAAGAAAGUCAUUAAACGUGUUCGGGAUCGAUCAGUCCGCCCCGAAGCGGCUUCGGCGUGCCCCUGUCGCACCCAAGCCCUUCGCAGCCCUACCGACAUAUCUCCCCGACAUCGACGACACUGCGGAAUCAGUAGCAGAGAAUCUUCCGGUCUCGUCGCAAUGGAUCCUAUUCAAGGAUAAAGUCGAGUCUCUUGCCAUUGAAGGGUUGAUAGGCUGCACCACGGUCGUUCUGGUAACGCGCCGAGGAGCCUUUGCAUGCCAUUACUACGAACACAGUGUGAUGGACCCGUACCUCUUGCAGUUCGCCAUCGAGACCUGCCAUACUGGAUAUCAAGAAGGUAAUCCGUUGCGUGAAUACCACGAGUAUGGCAUGGACCAACUACGGAACAACCCCAGGCUGGGGGAUCUCGGCAUACUCCUUGGUGAUAACAGCAACCCAUAUGAGAUCAAGGACAUAACAGCUUACGUUAUCACGCCCCGGCCGCGACCAAAGUAUGAGAACCACGGCGUACAGGUCCCGGAUCCAGUGAUCCAAUCUGCUCAGAUAAACCGCGGUAAGAAGAUGUCUCCCCAUAUUGGAUGGAUAGGCAACAAUCUAGUGCGCACGUUCGGUCCUUUGCCGAUCCGAGUUAUCGACUAUCCGCCACCUAUGCUGACGAGGCAUGAUAAAGAGCGAUGGGAAAGAGACGAGGUAGGUUACAGCGACAAGGACGUCACGGAAAAGCUACUGGAUAUACCGUCUGAUUUCCCUCGAGGCAAGGCCCUUCUUCAAUACCAACCGGCGCCUUCGUGCGGCAACGGGCCGGCGAUGUGGCGGAUGUGGGUGGCCGAAGAGGGGUUCAAGGGUCAACACCCUUGGCCGCCAUUCGACUAUCAAAUCGCACCUCAAAGGGGGGCUGCUAGAGGAGGCGCGGUCCGCAGGCAAGCCUGCCAACGCCGAGACCAUAACGUCACGUACACCACCGGUACUGAUGGUUCGAUAGUCACCAUGACUGCCACUUCGACUGGUCAGGGAGUGCCGGCAGUGCCGACAACCCUAGGUGGUCAUAGUGGCUCCGAGGGACUAUUCACUACGACUGCAAUGUUUCCAACGAGCUCUCCGGCAAAAGCAACGACCAUUGCGAACGCAAGCUCGAUGGUAACGUCGGCUUUCUCAGACGUAAUGUCCACAGGCUUCAUCUCUACAGGCAUCACUUCUGCGGGCAUGAACUUUACACACUUCACCUCUACAGGUACCACUUCGACAGGCAUCAACUCUACACACGCCACUUUUUCGUCCCUUCUGUCCAGCUCAAAGACUUACCCAUCGCCAACCUUUACGGUGUCGCUCCAACCUUUUACGACAGUCACCAUCAGCACAGGAAUUACGACCGUCGUGGUGCCCUGGGUAUCUUCUACACUCCAAACCAGUAGCACAACAGCCACAACUACGUCCACGACCAUCAUACCCAGCACCAGUAUCUCUCCAUCUAAAACGAAUUCCAUCUACGUCCCCAUUUUCCGUCCUGGCCCUCUUCUCCCUCCAGGCCAUGGUGUCCCUCCCGGCCCUUCCCGUCCGUCACCUCCGAAACCAUCAGAGGGAGUGUACAUCUGGCUGAAAGAGAUGCUGGAUGGGUCCGGCGGGGCCCUAGCUCUAGCGGAACUGUGGGUGAUGAUUCCCCGGAAACUGGACAGCAAAGAAGUGUUCGAAGUGUGUAAAGCGGAAGAGUCAGGCUCCAAGCCGCAGAACUUCUUCAAACCGAGCAAGAUACCCCCGAGCUUCGGCGCCGACAGAAACAUAUUCGGGCGGAAGAAGUGCAAGUAUACCAAGGGCGACUGGAAAACUUCGUACGGCAAGUUCCAGUGCCAGGACGUCGACGCGUUCGAGUGCGAGAGGGAUCCCAAAUUGUUGGAGAAGACCGAUUGCACCACCUUGGAAAUGGUCCACGUGUGGCCCAAGGUCUGGUGCCCGUUUCCGGUUAAGUGA